AUGUCGCCGGGUCCAGCAUCCUUCGCUCCCGCCGCAGCUUCGGGCUCCGACCUGCACUCCACCAUCAGUUCCACCGGCCCGAUUUGGGCUGGCACGUCCACCUCCUCUCUGACCUCCCUCCAUGACUACUCCAACUUCCCUCUGAUCCGUCAGGGCGAUCGCACCUACCUCCGAGACCCCGAGAACCUCUAUCCGCUCCCAUGCGACCUUCCCGAGAUCCACCGCCAGACGCUGCGCUCGCUCAUGCUGCUGCGCGUGUUCGGCGGUCCUUUCUGCAACCCAUAUCUAACCGAGCAGCCGCCGACGCGCGUGCUGGAGAUCGCCUGCGGGUCGGGCUUGUGGUCCGGGCUCUGCCACGAGCACUUUGCGCGCCAGGGCCACCGGAACGUGGCCUUUUACGGCAUCGACCUGGUGUCCCUAGCGCCCGAUAUGCGCAAACAGGGUGUCAAUUGGCAUUUCAAGCGCCAUGACCUGCGGAAGCCCAAGCUUCCCUUCCCGGACGACUUUUUCGACUUCGUUUUCAUCAAGGACGCCGGCAUGUGUCCGUCCAGUCCUACCAUCCAGGUUUCUGGCUUGAGUGAACCGCUGCGCGUGCUCAGGUCCGGCGGCGUCCUCGAGCUGUGGGAUUCCGACUGGGUGUUUCGCUCUCUUCUGCCCAAUCCGGCACCGGCGCGCAAGCUGGCUUCGCGCGAGCAGGACACCGCCGACGCGACCGCCACGUAUACCUUCUCGGCGGCAACGCCCUUCACAAACGUCCAGAACAAGUUCCUGCGGGACUAUAACUCCUGGGUUGAGAAGGCUUUCGAUCGCCGGAAGCUCACGGCCAUCCCCUGCGCCACGAUCGGACUCUCCUUCAAUUCCGAGGUGGAUGUUCUGGAGAACGUGGACAGUCGUCGCAUCGCGAUCCCGCUCGGCGAGAUGCGCUGGGAACGCGACGGACAGGGCAAGGACUCGAGUGGCAAUGCGCGCAAGCAACUGACGCCGGAACAGCUGUCCAUCCGGCGCACGGCGCUUCUCACUGUCAUUCAGAUGAUCGAGGGCAUGGAACCGAUCCUCAUGGAGGCCAGCGGGAAGAGUCGGGAUGAAUGGAACCGGUGGUGGACUGCCAUGAUGGCCGAUGUAUUCAAGGUCGGCCUCGCCAACGGAGAGUGUCUAGAAGUCAGUGCCUGGUGGGGGCGGAAGAGAUGA